ACAAAGGGAUAGAGACGCAGGAAAGAAAACCUGCAGGAAAGAGCCCGGGGCCAGGGAGCAGGGGUCAGGAAGUGUGCGGCCGCCUCUGCACCCUGAGUGGUUGUCGGGUCUGAGAGCUUCGCCUCCCACUGGGUGGAGUCCGGCUUUUAAGAGCGGCUGGAAGGCAGUUCCCCUGGUCCUGGUCCGCGGAGCCGUCGGAGCGCGUGACCCUCCGCCGGUCCCGGAGAGCCGGGCUCGGAGCGCAGAGCCGCGGGCCCCUCUCCGCAGUCCUUCCCGCCCCGGGAGCGCCUGCCCACCUGCCCAGCCAUGGGGGAGGACCUCGCCCAAGCCGAGAAGCUGCCGCACCUGGGCUCUGGCACGUGGCAGGAGAAGCCAGCCAGCCCAAGCCUAGCGCCCUCCUCCACGCCGAGCCCGAGCCUGAACCUGGGGAGCACGGAGGAGGCGGUCCGGGACAGCGCGCAGGUGAACGCCGUCACGGUGCUCACGCUGCUGGACAAGCUGGUGCACAUGCUGGACGCGGUGCAGGAGAACCAGCACCACAUGGAGCAGCGGCAGAUCAGCCUGGAGGGCUCCGUGAAGGGCAUCCAGAACGACCUCACCAAGCUCUCCAAGUACCAGGCCUCCACCGGCAACACGGUGAGCAAGCUGCUGGAGAAGUCGCGCAAGGUCAGCGCGCACACCCGCGCCGUCAAGGAGCGCAUGGACCAGCAGAGCGCGCAGGUCAGGCGGCUGGAGGCCAACCACGCGCAGCUGCUCCGGCGCAACCACUUCAAGGUGCUCAUCUUCCAGGAAGAAAAUGAGAUCCCUGCCAGUGUGUUUGUGAAGGAGCCGGCCUCCAGCCCCGCCGAAGAGCAGGGGGAGCUCGCUGAUGAGAACAAGUCCCUGGAGGAAACCUUGCACACGGUGGACCUCUCAUCGGAUGACGAGUUUCCCCAGGAGGAGGAGGCCCUGGAAGACAGCGCGGAGGAAAAGGUCGAAGAAAGUAGGGCAGAGAAGAUAAAACGGUCUAGCCUCCGGAAAGUCGACAGCCUCAAGAAAGCAUUUUCUCGCCAGAACAUCGAGAGAAAAAUGAACCAGCUGGGCACAAAGAUCGUAUCCGCAGAGAGGAGGGAGAAGAUUAAGAAAUCCCUCACCCCCAGUCACCAGAAGGCAUCCUCGGGGAAGGGCUCCCCCUUCAAGGUCUCUCCGCUCACCUUCGGGCGCAGGAAAGUCCGGGAGGGAGACAGCCCUGCGGAGACGGAGACCAGGUCUGAAGACCUGCCCAGCAGCGACCCGGUACCCGACGAGCAGGAAGAGGGUCUUUCCUCCCGCGCCCCGCUGGAGGGAAAGAGCAGCGAGGGGCGCGCAGGAAGGGCGGCCUCCCGGGCGAGCAGCGUCGACCUGACCGUUCCGGAGGACGAAGAGGAGCCCUCGGUGGCCGUGGGACAGGCCCAGAAGGUGCGCUACGAGGGGGGCGACCUGCUAGCCUCGGAGGACGCGGAGGACCCGGUGCCGCCCGCGGUGCUCCACGUGGACGCGACCUCCUGAGCGCGGCCCCCGGCC